AUGGGGAAUGUUUCAUGUUGUGUGAAACAGCCGUCGUCGAGCCAAAGGGAAAAAGGUUACUCUUACGAAGGAAGUCGGAAUGGAAGAGGACAUCAGUAUACGAACCAAACAUUGGCCCGUGAGGACACGUCGACAAAUUUUCUUCCUCAUAUAAGUGAGCAAACUGGUGAUGAUCCUUCCACUCAUCCAACAGUUCGUCCAACAUUCAUGGAAAGGAGCAAGAGUGAGAUGAAAUUGAAAGAUAAUCGGCGUUCGUUCUAUGUUUUGGAUUGUAAUCACUUAGAGGCUACCGUUUCUCCGUUGAAGAAGUCAAACAGUUGCUCCACAAUAUUUAUUGAUGACUCCACUAUAUCGCAACCAAAUUUAAAAAACACAAUUAAAUGUAUAUCAAUGGCAAUUUUUUAUCACAUCGCGAAUAGAAAAAAUCGUUCACAUGAGCGUCUAAUGGAAAUAUUUGAGGAACGCUUGCACCCUAUAACUAGGGAAUCCAUUUCAAUCGAAUAUUUGUCUAGGGACCCUGAUCAUAGGCAAAUAUACCGGUUCAUAAGAACACUUUUUCAUUCCGCCCAGUUGACUGCUGAAUGUGCCAUUAUAACGUUGGUAUACAUAGAAAGACUGCUAAACUAUGCCGAAAUGGAUCUGUGCCCAUCAAACUGGCGGCGAGUUGUUUUAGGUGCUAUAAUGUUAGCUUCAAAAGUGUGGGAUGACCAGGCGGUCUGGAACGUAGAUUACUGUCAAAUACUGAAAGAUACAAGCGUGGACGAUAUGAACGAACUGGAGCGGCAGUUCUUGGAAUGUUUGGAAUUCAACAUCAAUGUCCCUAGUUCUGUUUACGCAAAGUAUUAUUAUGAACUAAGGACUCUAGCAAUUGCCAAUGAUCUACAGUUGCCUUUGCAACCUUUAUACAAGGAAAGGGCAAGGAAACUUGAGGUACUCAAAGUUUUUUAG